UUCACUGGCUGAUCUCUAGCGUAACUAUUGCCAUAGUGUGGAAGUUGCUUUGCUGUUGAAGUUUUAACAUCUUUGCAGUGUUAGAGGCAUUAAAGAACUACCCAUUUCCUAUCAGAAAGAAGGCUUAUGAGUAUGCCAGUCCAGCCUUGAAAGGAAGAGUGGUCAUUGAGAGGACAGAUGUGUGUUCAUCUCCUCUGUAGAGGAAAAAAGAGAAGAGUAGAUUCUCAGAACACUUCUUCCUAGAGCCACAGUACUGUUAAUUCGUAUGCCAGUUGCUCCAGGUCACUUGAUGUCUCCUGACACAGAAGCGAUGGCUGCCUGCCACUGAGGAAGUAGCAGAGUGGAGGGGGAAAAAAAAAAAACAAACCAACAAAAAACAUAUGGCUGACUGUCUGCUGAAUCACUUACAGCUGUAGUGUUGCUGAACAGCUGCUAAAGGCUGGAUGGGUACUGCUACAUCUGGUAACCUGUAAAGAUCCUAAAGCCCUCUAAUACCCUGUGAUACCCAAGAGUGAGCAGAAAAUUGCUUUGAAGAGGAUUCCAGUCUUGUGACCCACAGUACUCGGUUUCCUGAAGAAAGUCCAGUCUACUGUGCCAUCACCUUCACCAAAGAACAUGGAGAAGUUGGUAUCAGAAAAGCCUGUUUCUAAGUCCAAGAAUGAAAUGCCUACACUUCCUUCUCAGGAGAAGCCAGAUACAAAUUCAUGCCCUCAUGCACCUGGCAAAUAUUUUCUCCCUGGUGGGAUGGACAAUGGGAACUGCAAGGCUAAUGAGAAGGAAAUGGACUGGAUCCGCCCAGAUACACCUAGCAAAUGUACGUGGAAGCUUGGGAAACCCCUCUCUGCCUCCCCGCAUCGUCAUACCACUCUGCCAGAGCCUCUGAAAAUCAUGCCAAGCAUCCUGGAUAAAGUUGGCAAUACACCCUUGGUGCGAAUCAACAAGAUUGGGAAGCAGCAUGGGCUCAAGUGUGAACUCUUGGCAAAAUGUGAGUUCUUCAAUGCUGGGGGCAGUGUGAAGGACCGCAUCAGCCUGAGGAUGGUAGAGGAUGCUGAGAAGGCUGGGAUCUUGAAGCCCGGGGACACGAUCAUAGAGCCAACCUCUGGAAACACAGGAAUUGGGCUGGCCUUGGCUGCAGCAGUGAAGGGUUACCGCUGUAUCAUUGUGAUGCCAGAGAAAAUGAGUAUGGAGAAGGUGGAUGUCCUGAGAGCUCUGGGUGCUGAGAUUGUGAGGACCCCAACUACUGCCAGAUUUGAUUCUCCUGAAUCUCACGUGGGAGUAGCAUGGAGACUGAAAAACGAAAUCCCCAAUGCACAUAUACUAGACCAGUACCGUAAUGCCAGCAACCCCCUGACGCACUAUGACACCACAGCUGAAGAGAUCCUGCAGCAGUGUGAAGGAAAAAUAGACAUGCUGGUGGCUGCGGCUGGCACAGGAGGUACUAUCACUGGCAUCUCCAGAAAGCUAAAGGAGAAGUGUCCAGGUUGCAAAAUUAUAGGUGUUGAUCCUGAAGGCUCCAUCCUUGCUAUACCAGAAGAACUGAACAAGACUGACAAGACAAUGUAUGAAGUGGAAGGAAUUGGAUAUGAUUUUGUCCCCACAGUGUUGGAUAGAUCUGCAGUGGACCAGUGGUACAAGAGCAAUGAUGAGGAGUCGUUUGCUUUUGCACGCAUGCUGAUCCGAGAGGAAGGACUGCUGUGUGGUGGCAGCUCAGGCAGUGCCAUGUCUGUAGCUGUGAAGGCUGCUAAAGAGCUGAAGGAAGGUCAGCGCUGUGUUGUUAUCCUCCCUGACUCUGUCAGGAACUACAUGUCCAAGUUCUUGAGCGAUAAAUGGAUGAUUCAGAAAGGGUUCAUGAAAGAAGAAUACCUUGUCAAAAAACCUUGGUGGUGGAACAUCAGUGUUCAGGAGCUAAGCCUCUCUGCUCCCCUGACUGUGCUUCCGACUGUUACCUGUGCAAAGACUGUUGAAAUUCUCCGGGAGAAGGGAUUCGACCAGGUACCAGUUGUUGAUGAAUCUGGGGUGAUUUUGGGCAUGGUUACCCUGGGUAACAUGCUUUCUUCACUGCUUGCUGGAAAAGUUCAGCCUUCUGAUGUAGUCAGCAAAGUAAUCUACAAGCAGUUUAAACAGAUUAACCUGAAAGACAACUUGGGGAAACUCUCUCAUAUCCUGGAGAUAGACCACUUUGCUCUAGUGGUUCAUGAACAAAUUCAAUAUCACACUGAUGGUUCCUCCAGUAAGCGGCAAAUGGUGUUUGGCAUCGUUACAGCCAUCGACCUCCUCAACUUUGUGACUGCACGAGAACGGGAAAGAAAUCCCAACUGACAUCAAGUAGGGAUGUGGAGCCUCUUCAACAACGUUCUGCAAUCUCCAACAAAGAAUCUGGUUUAUUUCUUGGGUAGAAUGGUCUGUCAUUAAGGUGUGGGGUUUGAGGGGUUUUGGGGUUUUUGGUUUUUUUAAAUUCUAAAAAUAAGCAGUUAGCUAUCCUGGUGUCAGCUAUACAGCCAGUGCAUUUUGCUGUAUUGCACAGCUUCUGGGGACUUAUUUCUUAAUCAGGUUACACAGUAUUUCUUAUCAAAACAAUUUAUUUUUUUACCUAUAUAGAUGUAAAAAUAUUGCCUAAAUUAACUGGUACGUUCCUUACUUGUUAUGUCUAAAGUCUGGCGUUCCAAAACAUUGUUUCAGAUUCAUAAAAUGUGUUAAAAUGAAGAGUUACUGAAGCAGAAGCCCAAGAGA